CACCACUGAAAGUCUUGCCACUCGCUCCCCGUCACCACCGGCGCAUGAGCCCUCUCAACUCAGCAUCCCUAUCGCAUGGCCCAUGUUCUAUGGACCAGUUAACCGCGCAGAUAACACUGUCCAGGAGCCCCGUCUCAGCCCCGUUUCUCGUUUAGGCGCUCUACGGCUGCGCGCUUUGGAGCUCCUGCUUACCGCCCGCCUGUUCCGACCGGGGCCCGUACGUACAUCUCUGACGACAAGAAAAGUCCCCAGCCGAGGCUGUCGAGCAGGGUUAAAAGAGCAGAGUAUUGAGGCGUCACCCCCGCUUCAGCUACACAUGAUGUCGACAACGGAAAGCAAAUCAAACAGCCCGGCAGCCAGCGUCAACGUCGGAACGGUCGGGGAGAAGGACACGGCCGCCGUCCAUGUCCACAACGCAUCCCAUGGCCACUACCAAGAAGAGGGAGAACUCAGGCGCGGGUUCUCGCUCCUGUCAUGCUUGGGCCUCGCAUUCGCAAUCCUCAACAGUUGGAACGCAAUGUCGGCAUCUGCACAGAUUGUGUUGCCCUCUGGCGGCAGCGUCGCCAUGCUCUGGGGCCUCGUUGUGUCGGCCCUCGCCACCCUGACCAUGGCCGUCUCGUUUGCCGAGGUAUGCCACGUCUAUCCCAUGACCGGAGGGCAGCUCGAUUGGACAUACCUUCUCGUCCCCGAAAAGUACCGCAACUUUGCGUCCUUCUUCGUCGGGUGGAUGGGUAGCACCGGCUGGAUCUCACUCGCUGCAAGCGCAUCCAUCAUCGUGUCCAACUUUCUGAGUGGCAUCAUCGUCAUGUGGAACGAAAACUUUGAGCUCAAGACGUGGCAGAGCUUCUUGUUCUACCUAGCGGCGACAAUCAUCUCCUGGGGUCUCAACGCCUUUGGCCUCAAGAUCUUGCCCACACUCGACCGGAUUGCAGGCCUAUGGAGCAUGGCAGGUAUUGUCGUCGUAUCCAUUACGAUCCUCGCAUGCUCGAGUGGACGCUUUGCCAGCGCCGCAGAUGUGUUUACAAAGUUCAGCAACGAAACAGGGUGGCCAGACGGCUUGGCCUUCUUCCUCGGGCUACUCCAAUCCAUGUUUGGGCUUACCGGAUUCGAUGCGGUCAGUCAUCUUGUGGAUGAGGUCCCAAGACCUGCUCGCACUGCUCCAAUGGUCAUGGUCAUGUCGAUUUGCCUCGGAGCGACCUCGGCAUUCAUCUACCUCGUCAUCUUCCUCUUCUGCGUUCAAGAUUUCGACGCCCUUGUGUCGUCGCCCACUGGCCCUAUCCUCCAGGUCUUCCUGCAGUCGACCAAGAGCCUGGGCGGAGCGACCGCCUUGUUGGUCAUUUUCAACCUAAUCGCUCAAAUCUUCGCAGGACAAGGCCUCACUACCGUUGCUUCGCGCAUGGUCUUUUCGUUUGCCCGUGACCGCGGUCUCGGACACAUUUCGCCCUACGUCGGCCACGUUCACGUUGGCCUCAAGACGCCGGUCAACGCUAUUACCUUUGUGUGCAUCUGGAUCGUUGUCCUCGGGUGUAUCCAGCUCGGCUCGUCGAUUGCAUUCAACGCCAUCAUCGCUUCAUCGGUCGUCUUCCUGCAGAUCUCCUACAUCAUUCCUAUGACAGCGCUUGUCAUUCGUGGGCAGGCUUGCUUGGAAGGUAAUCACCACCAGAAGGCGGUCUGGAGCCUCGGUCGCUUCCGCCGCGUCAUCAACAGCAUUGCCCUCGCGAUGCUGAUCUUCACGACCGUCAUCUUCACCUUCCCGCCCGCCAUCCCCGUCAACGGCGAGAGCAUGAACUAUGUUGUCGCAGUGCUCGGCGUAGCCAUCAUUCUAUGCCUCGGCACGUGGUUCGUGGAUGGCCGCAAGAACUAUCAUGGGCCUAGAGACAUCGACGCCAGACUUGCGAUCGCCGCCACUGCCCUGUGAGGUGACAAACGUCUUGGAUGGGUACCUGACAGCCUCGCUCGGUCUUCUUUCUAGUGUACAUGUAUCUGCCGUGGGGAUGUGAUCUGCACAUUCGGCGCUGUCUUCACAUGGGUCGGACGCGAUCGCUGGCGGAAGGCGUCGACCUGGCGGCUGACAUGUGGGGCCUAACGCACACCGAAGGACGAGUGCAGUUGGGAGAUGGACGUGAUCGCGCUGUGCCCCGCCAAGUAAUGCCGGAGACGCAGGAGGAGAGCCGAAUAUGGCUUUCGAAUCAGCGGCCA